CCCAAAAUCUCUUCCGCCUCAACCCUCGCAGGUUUCUCAGAAUCCCCGACAUGUCCCUCCCUUCUUCCAAAUCCCCCAGCAACCCCAGCUUCCCUACCCCUCAAUCCCUCUCCGAUUGGCUCAAGCCCCGCUUGCCUUCCGACUCCUUCGCUUCCUGGGGUGUCAAGCCCGGCACCAAAAACGUCCACAAUCUCUGGCUCGAGCUCUCCGAGGGCGAAACCUUGCUCGCCGAUUCCUCUCCUCCCAUUCGAUCCCUCCAAGUCGUCGUUGUCAGGGUUAUCGGCAAACAUAAUCGAGUCCUCCUCGAAUCCCACCAAGAAUUGUCCAACGGCGUCAUUCGCCACCGCUGCAGGCCUCUGUCUGAGAAAAUGAAGCCCGGGGAAUCCGUCGAGGCCGCUGUUUCUCGAGCCGUGAAAGAAGAGCUGGGCUCCGCCAUUCGUGGAGAUUUUGGUGACGAGGGCAUUGUUAAGAUUGUGCCCGAUUCGUAUUGCAAGAAGGUGGAGGAGAGGGUUUCUGCGUCUUAUCCGGGAUUACCAGCUUGCUAUGUUCUGCACACGGUGGAUGCUGUUGUGGAGGGCUUGCCGGAAUGCGAAUUUUGCACGGAAGAGGUUGAGGAGUACAUAGAUUCCGAGAUGAAGAGAGUGGCCGAAGGUGCAUUUUCGUGUAAAAAGCAUUUUUGGAAGUGGGUUGAUCCCUGUUCUGUUUAAACUUUAGAAUCUUUGAUGUGAGAGGUCAGUUUUGAGGUCUCUUGACCGGAGCAAAUUUUGGUGCAUCUAAGUUCUAAUCCUCAAAUGGGUUAGUGCUUGCCAGCAGCAGCUGAAUGUAUAGACACCAGCACUCUUGAAUGAUGGAACAAUGACUGUCCUCCUUCAGCUUAUAUUCACUUCCUCAAGGAUCUUGCUAUUGGUAUUUUGCUUGUGUCUGUUGUACAGUAUAGGUAGAUGCUCAAUGAAGUCUUGAUCGAUUUCAAGCUAAACUGAUGCUUUUACAAACAUUAUAGCGUUGAGAAUGCUAUGCCACGAUUACGAACGUUCAUUCCCCCUGCCUUAAAUUGAUUUUUUCAGUUUAUGCUUCCUC